UUCUCCCUUCCCUCUUAGCCCCCGCUACCACUCCUCUCUCUCUCUCUCAAAUUUUUGUAAUUGUCUUACAGCCCUCCGGCGAUGCAAGGCCUAAGACGGUGCUCCGACGACCUCCUCCACCUGGACUUAUCGCCACCGCCCGCCUCCCCCUCUUCUACCUCCCUCUCCAUCGACGUGGCCGAGUCCGCCGAGACUCGAAUCCGCCGCCUCAUUUCCGAACACCCCGUAAUCAUCUUCAGCCGCACUUCCUGCUGCAUGUGCCACGUCAUGAAGAAGCUCCUCGCCACCAUCGGCGUCAACCCUACCGUUAUCGAAUUGGACGACAAAGAGAUCGACGCCUUAGCAACCUGCUCCACCUCCACCACCGCCACCACCACUCCUGCUGUCUUCAUCGGCGGCGCCUUCGUCGGCGGCCUCGAAUCACUCGUCGCCCUCCACCUCAGCGGCCACCUCGUACCUAAGCUCGUCGAAGUCGGCGCUCUUUGGAUAUAAUCUUAGGGGUACGAUGGGAAGAAAACAAAAUAAUGGAUCUAUGAUUUUGGAGUCUUGGUUAUGGUUGGUGGUGAAAUCAAUAAUUAUAAACAUCCGGAUGUUGCCGCAAAAGGAAGAGGUGGCGGAUAAGUCCGGUACGGUGGCAGAAAGUAGACUUUUUUAGAAUACUCGCGGGAGCAUGCGUGGCACGUGGUGGGAUGAGGAUUGGGUGGGGUCCCAUAUGACUUAUUAAGCAAUCAGCACCGUUGAAUGUGUAGACUUUUGUAUUUAGGGGAUUUUCUCUCUAUUCUCUUAAUCUAUUCCAUUCUACUCUCAAUUUUAUUUA